UAUUUCAUUUAUUUUUACGUUCAAAGAACUAAUCGGGUUUUGAGACGUUGUGUAUUGAAUACUUGUAAAGAAUGUGCAUUAUAGAUAAGUUAUAUUGAGUAAACAUUAAAACUAUUGUGUAUAAAUUGAGAAAUAAGAGUUUAAAACGUUAUCCAUGUUUUGGGAUCAUGUAUAUCGUAAUAAACACAUCAUGCAGGAGUUUGAAGACUUAGAAGUACAUAAAACGAGUGUUCCUGUGUUUUUGGCGCUUUUCUAUCUCGAAAUGCUGUAUAUUUUAAUCAUGACAUUGUCCAUUCUAUGUCAAUUGAAUAGAAACUCGUCUUUAUAAUUUUUUUUUAGCAUUACAAACCAGUGACGUAAGUAACAUAUUAAAAGAGCUUUGAAAUGACUGAUAUAAAGAAACCUUUGAAAGAACGACUAUAUCUUGAUAGAAAGGGACAGAGGGAGGUGUAUGUAAACUCUUAUCAUCUCGCUCAGCAUCAGAUCGAAGGCAUUAGAUUUUUGUACCGACAAUAUAUAAAGAAAAAGCCUGGUGUUAUACUAAACAAUCCAGAAGGUUAUGGUAAAUCAAUACAAGUUGCUUUAUUCCUGGAUGCAGUACGAGAAUUAAUCAUAAAUCCAGUGUUAAUAUUGUGUGAAGAUGAUAAUAAAGUAAACAAUUGGAAAAAAACUAUAAUAAAAUGGACAAAAUAUACUGAAGAGGAUAUAGUGGUGGACUCUAGCAAUGUGUAUGUUAAAAAAUCAAUAUUUCUUAAGAAAGGCACAUACUUGGAGGCACCUUACUCUCGUCGUGAUUGGAGUGUAGUGGUAGUGAAGAGUGACUUUAUACUAAAGCAACUUUUGAAAACACCUAUCAAAGACACAUUUAAGAUCUGGUUAACUACAAUAGACAUGAGAAAAGAUCUAGAAAUGUUCAAUUCAAUCUAUUGUUGGUUGUAUUCUGAGAAAAAGUUUGAUAUCAACAAAUAUGUUGAUUCAAUAUCUGAUGUCGAAGGACUGCCACUGGUACGAGCUAAACUAAUGAAUUCAUUUCUAGAAGACAUUGUUAUUAUGAAGAAUGAUUUUAAACCUACAAACAUACCAGAGGUAUACAAGCAUAUGAUCAUACAAUUUUUUUUAACACAUUCAUUGAUAGAAGAGAAAACAUCACCUAAUAUUAAAGUUUCGAGAAAAAAUAAAGACGCUACCGGCACAAAAAUAAAACGUUCUAAAAAGGCAAAAGAAUCAGAUACUGCCACUGACGGAAAUAAUGGUCUUGAUACUUUUUAUACUUUUAAUGGUCUUGAGACUUUUAAUACGAAUCAUGUACAUAAUGAUCCUAAUGCAGACUCACUUAAUGCCACAAAUUCUAAACAAGACUGUAAAAUAAAUGAUAAUAUGGAUUAUGAAACGAAUAACAUUGAUGAAGACGGAAAUUUAGAUGUUGAACAUUUUAUAAAAGAAAAAGAACCAGUUGAAUGUGAGGAAUAUGACUUUCUGAACGAAAGUAAUUCAACAGAUACAGAAAAUCUAAGCUUUACUAAUGCACUUAAUGAUGUUGUUGAAAAUGAGAAUGAGGUGAACGAUUUGCAUUCAGAAAGCAUUCUUGAUGAUGAAGUAAUAAUGUGUUGUGAUGAACAAACUAAUACAAAUGUCGAAAAUAUAGAUAAAAUAGAAAGUCAUGAUUUAUCUACAUCGCUGUCAUCAAAAAUAAAAGGCACAGUUAAGGAUAAAAAGUGUACAGAUCUCAAAACGGCAGACAUUUUGAAGAGAAAUAAUAAAAAAGAUAUAAUUCAAGCCAUCACAGAAAUGGAAGAGCAAGCUAUGAAAAAGUUUAAAAAUACAAUUCUUGACGAAUUAUUCUAGAAAGUGCCUGACGGGAAAAGACGUUAUGUGUUUUUCUUUAAAAUUUUGAAUCUUAAUGCAGGUUAAAAGGAUAAGUGCUAAUUGACAAACAUUCCUCUUUAGAGGAUCAUCAGUCUUUAGUUAAUUGUUUAAAAUUAUGAUUUCUUCAUUCAUUCACUUAUGACAUUUCAUUCCUUUGUCACACAAUAUUGACAUUUUUGUCAUAUAGUCAAACAAGGAUAUCUGACCUGAAGACGCUGCUAUCGAAGUUAACUGUCAGAAAAUAUGAAAAACUUAUGUGGCUAUAGAAAAUGGCAUAAAAAAAAAACAUGACGUGACAGUUACAGUAUCUUAUGUCCCUUUUUUAAAAGUACAGGAGGGCGCUAGUGAAUUAUCAUAGUUUAGUUGGGAUUUUGCCUACCGGUUCAGAUAUCCUUCUUGGUCUAUAUUUAAUAUAUAGUUCGUUCUUUAUAAGUUUAUAACUGACGCGAAAUAAAGAUAUUCAUAUUACUUUGACAGUUAAUACGUUGAUGGGGUGAAAAACUGCCUUUUGCUUACUAUAGAUGUCGGCAUGAUCAAGUUACU